GGGUCCGCGCGCGGGGGGCACCAGGGCGCGCGCGCAGGCGGGGCCGCGCGGCGGUAGCGCGCGCGCGGCGGUAGCUAGAAGCCCGCUGGGGCACCGCUAGCCCUCGGCCGCGCCGGCCAUGGAUCCCUUCCCCAAAGACGGCGAGAGCGCGGCGGUCGGGGAGCCCAGCCGGGGCGCUGCCCCCUCCAGCGGGGUGGUGGUGCAGGUCCGGGAGAAGAAGGGCCCCCUGCGCGCCGCCAUCCCCUACAUGCCGUUCCCCGUGGCUGUCAUCUGCCUCUUCCUCAACACCUUCGUACCGGGGCUGGGAACAUUUGUAUCUGCUUUCACCGUGCUGUGCGGAGCCCGGACCGACCUCCCCGACAGGCACAUGUGUUGCGUCUUCUGGCUGAACAUUGCUGCUGCUCUGAUUCAGAUCCUGACGGCGAUCGUGAUGGUUGGCUGGAUUAUGAGUAUAUUUUGGGGGAUGGACAUGGUCAUUCUCGCAAUCUCACAAGGUAAGUUUGUUUCUGUUCUUCCUCCUCCUCCACCUCACACCCCGUGGCAGCUCCCUGCGGAGAGCAGCGAGCACUCGGCCGGGACAAGCCGUUUGGGAUUCGCUUUGGCCGGUGCUGCCCGCUCCCAGCCCCAGUCCAGCCAUGUGCCUGUACGUGCGUGUGUCCGCCUGUCUCUGUGUCUGUCCUGUGGCUGCACAGCCCCCGGGGACGUGUUCUCCACCCGGCAUUGCAAUGCCCCAAGGGCAUCCCCAGAGCAAGGCAGGGACCCAUCUCAGCCUCGAGAGCGUCCUGAGGCCGCCCACUGCAUGAACCCCGUCCCAGUAGGACAGCCUGUGCACAGACUGGUUUGGUUUUGCCUCGGUCUUACUUGCAAUGGUUUACAGAAGUGAUUUUAUGCUCAGAAUACUCAGAUCGACUUAAUCUUGAUCCCAGAGCUCUCUGCUUUACAGAACUGCACCUUAACUGUAUCACAAGCAUACUAACGUAAAGCUGCUUCCUACAGAAUAGCUAUUCCUAUGCAAGAAAUGCAAUAACUAUUGUCAUAUAUGAACUCUUUAAUAAGUUAAGUCUGAAGUAUUUUAAUAAAUAAGUUUAGCAUAGGACAGGUCAUCUUUUGGCUUACUGAGGUCAUGUAAAGAGAGAUACGGGCUCAGCCACUGUAACUGGCUUCCAGCCAGCGUCAAAACUGAUAGCAGGACUGAAAGGAUUUCUAUUAUAUCUUAAUAAAAGGCAUGGCUACGCAAGCAAGUUACUGUAAGCAUAACCUAGCUUGCUUACUUUACCUAAGGAUUUAUGGCAUGCCCCAACUCUCUGGUCCAUCUGGUUGAUGGGACUUUUUUUCUUUUUACUGUGCUCCCUAAAGAAGUUAAACCGAUGCUGUAGACAAGCCCAUAUUACAGGUUUCCAACCAGCUCAUCUUGCCUUCAGAGCUGACUCACGCUUAGAACGUAAAUGCGUAAGAAAUCAUCAUUUUUCCCCCUAGAAAAAGCUGUUUGAAACAGGUGAAAGUCUUUCUGUUCAGCUGCACGCGAUGGGCAGCAAUGCGGUGCAGGGUAAUAUGUGCGGAUAAGCGUCAUUAAUCUCCUUCUCUAUUCCUUGUGCUCGUUUAGCAGCAGGAGAUCCAGACUGCCAAGGCUGGGUGAAUGCGUGGAUUUUUCCAAAGUACAGCAAAGUUCAUUUGCUGGGGCCAAUUCUUAGUUCAGCAAAAAGUCCUUUAAAGAUAGGGGUUGUGGCACCUGCUGGUAUUUUGUGUUCAGCUUUUUUAAGGGACUUACAAAAGCCUGCCAUAAGGGUUGGAAAGAAAUGUAUAAAAGCAUCAGUGGAAAAGUAUUUGAAGAGUUAAGCAUUCUUCUGAGAUGUGAAAUUUCAGACUAAUUUAAAAUUCAAAAUAUAAAAAUGACAGGCCACUUAUGUUAUUUACACAAAGAACAAAACCCUCCAGAUACAGGCUCGGCUCGGUUUCUAGUUGAAAGAUCUUCACUAGUGCUGGCAGUGCAGGUAAGGACAGUUUGUUUGCUUCUUUAAAAAGGAGAUCUGUUGCAUUGAUACUGUUGUAAUAACAAUCCCAGCUUCUCUUAAAAAGAAAGCAGGUAAAACGUCUGGUGCAGUCUUUGCAACCACCGAGGAAAAUAUUAAAAAAAACCCCAUUAUUUUUCUGGUUUCUUGGGUGUCAGCACAAGAGCUGCGGGUGCUCUCCCACUACCCUUCCCUGCCCUACCCCCCCCGGGGGAAGGAGCCCUCCCCUAUGGGAUUUGCAGCCUCCCCACAACCACUAUGUACAGGAUAGCAAAUAAAUUGGGGCCCCAGUCCCCCGAGGAGCUGUGAUGAGCAGCAGGACAGGCUGCUUUAGCCCUUGCAGCAUCCAUUUUUCUCCAGUCCCACCGGACGGCUGCUGUGCCCCGACAAAAGCCCCUGUAAUUCUGCUGGUCUGGAGCAAAGCAAGUGCGUAACAAGGCACUGAGGAUCUCAUUAGGGAAAGGGCCCAUGAGGGGCAUCCCCAGGUCUGCGUUUGAACUCCGACACAUCAGCCUGUGGUUAAAGUCAUCCCCCUUCUCCUCCAAGAGAUGUUUGUUCACCUCUGCAAACCGCAGUGCAGACUGGUUGCUGCUGGAGAGCUCUGUCAGCAAAAGCCAGCGCGGGAACUAAAAGGUGAACAGAGGAAACCAGCUUCCUCCUGCCCGGCAGUCCUCUGAAGGACGAGGUUCAGACGCAGAUCACGAGUAGAGAUGCGAGUGUGUUGAACGCACAACCAGCAAGCCGCCCGAUCAGCGCUUGGGAACAGCGGUGUCUCUGGAGCAGUAUGUAAGAGCGUACAGCUCCCCUACACUGCAGAAAAACCGCGCUCCAAUACAGAAUAAUUUAGGCAGAAAAUACAGCAUUUCCGUAAAGGUGGAAUUGCUGGCUGCUGGUACCUACUGUGCCUUAUAACCUCUUCAAGCAGACGUACCUCUGCCCAAACCGGGGCCGGUGGCAGGCAGGCACUGCAGCGGCAAGGCUGGCUGCCGGCGGCCGCGGUGCCGUGCCCGGGAAGGUGGUUGCACCGGGCAGGUGUUGGCUCAAGCAAGGCAGGGCGGCUCGUGGGGCUGAGCCUGCCCCGGGGCAGCCUGGCAGCCAGGGGGGACGUGGCAGCCCCCCCCCCCAAUUCUCCCAUGUGGCUUGCCACGCCUGGUAACCCAGGCUCACUUAAGCCUUGCCGAGGGUCCUCUUUAGGAAUUAACACUAAUCAUGUUCCCUUCCCCUCCCUCCUCACAGGCUACAAGGAACAGGGGAUCCCACAGCAGCUGUAGUGGCUGGGACAAGUAUGGUCAGAGAAACACGGCGAGAGAUUUCCUUUGGCAGCUGUGGGCCACGGACCUUUUCAUUACCCUUUGUCUUUCUUCUUCCUUUUGUUUUGUUUCCUUCUGUUUGAACCCGGUUCAUCUGCCCGUCCAGCGGAGCGGAGGUGCAGAGCAGCUGACGGAGACUUGCACUGAUCCUGUUGAGCAGCGGAGAUGGGGCAAGCACAGCGUGGGUUAGGACUGGCCCAGGCCAGCACGCGGUGGGCGGCCGAUGAGGAGGAGGAUGGUGCCGGGAGGAGGAGACACCCCUGGCGAAGGUGGCACCUGGGCAGGCAGCUGAGCCAGGGGAGCAGGAGAUGUUGCUUUCUCUCUUCUCCCAGGGGGAAGUAGCUGAAGAUGUUUUGCCUCCUUUUUAUGCUCACCGUUAAAGGAAACCAGCUGUGAACAUCAGAUGCCAAGGAGCUAUGAAUAGAUAUAUGUACAGUAUGUAAAAGCAAACCAGUGGUACUUUUUUUCCCCCACCCCAAGAGUCCAUCCUUGACUGCUUCGCGGUAGCGGAGGGCUUAGCCCGACCUCCUCUGCUGUCUGUGUAUAUAUGAUGCUCAAUGAAGCUCUGUCCUUGCAGAUGUCUUGAGAAACGUGCUUGCUGUAAAUCGUGUUGUACUGCUGAACUGACUGGGGCCGUCCCCUGCUUCCAUCCACUGGCACCAUGUGAAGACCAGACCUCUCCCGCCGGCCCCUGGGGAGACUUUAUCUAGCAAGGGACGGGUGUCCUGCAGCGCCUUGCCUCUAGGGUGGUGGGCGCAGCCACGUGCUGUCAAAAGCUUCUAGUGUAAAACAAUACUGGGGGAGCCAAAAAAAAAAAAAAAAAAGCCUUUUCUUCCCCCCUGCCUGAAAGGGCCUUGCUGGAAGCAUCUCUGUGCUUUGGAAAUGGAUCCCCUUACAGCACGGCGUGUGCUCCUGGCUGAAGCACCAUCCCUGCUCCGCUUCCCCAGGGACCAAAUUAAUCACCCAGCGUUUUUACGUCUCUUCCCGGAGCGCCGCAGAGGGAGGCCACCCGCUCUGGAUGCCCACCAACACCAGGGCUGGAUAACUCGCCACCCGCUUGCGGGAGCCACGCCGUGCCGUCCUGUUAGCCCCCGCCACACCGCUGCCAACCUACCCCCGCCUCCGCAGCUGGGGGUUGCAGCCAGUGAACGCUUGAUCUGGUCGAAGGUGCAUGGCACCAGGCUAUCCUGACAUCAUCUUCUGCUUUAUAAAUAUAGAUGUCUUAGAUGCAAGUUUCACAGCUAAAGAGUGAUAGUAGGUAACGAAGAAUAAAUGCAAUUGCUUCACGCCCA